AUGAAGGUCGAGGACGAAGAGACUACACCGGCGCAUCUGCGUUAUGACUUGGGCGUGCCAUUCGAAGAGUUGGAUCUGAAGAAGUUUGCAUUCUUUUCAUCCAUCGCCUUCUUCGGCGAAUCGCUCAUCUAUUAUCCACUCGAUGUCAUCCGCGCCCGCUUGCAAGUGGCCCGAGCUCCCUUCUCCAUCUCGGCGUUCAUUCGGCAAGUGCAACAGCUGGGCGUGAGGGGCAUGUACCGCGGGUUCGUCGCAUCCGCCGCGGCGCUGCCGUCCUUCGGCGUCUACUUCCUCUCCUACAACUAUGCCAAGGACAAGCUGCAGGCCCUCAACGAUCGACACACCACCAACACCGAACAUCGCACCGCGAUGUGGGUGGCGGCCUCGGCUGCGUGCGUGGCGGACGUAGCGUCGGCCGGCUUGCUGUGCCCGGUGGAGGUGGUGGUCCAGCGACUGCAAAUCGCGGGCCUGAACCAGACUUCGUACGCGAGCGGCCUCGACACGACGCUGCGAAUCUGGAAGGAGGAGGGCUUCAGGGGCUAUUAUCGAGGGUUCGGGGCCAUGUUGCUCACCUACAUCCCCGGCUCCGUGGUCUGGCAGCAGCAGCAACAUCAAGGCGGUGGUGGCAGAGACGAGCUCGUGGUUGGUCAGCACCAACUCGCACAGAUUUUGGGAGGCCUUGUGGCCGGCGCCAUGACCGUGGUGGUCACGAACCCGCUGGACGUUGUCAAGACGAGGCUACAAACGCAAGCGCCGUCGUCAUCCGCGUCAGGCGGCAAACAGCCCAAGCUCUACGCACACUCGUGGGAGGCGCUGCGACACAUGGCCAAGCACGAGGGACUGGCGGCGUUCGGCAAGGGACUUACACCCCGGCUCCUGCUCGCUUCGGUCGUCUCGCCCGUCGCGUCAGUCGUCUACGAGACCGUCCUUCAGCUCAGCCGAAAGCCAUCACACGACGUGCGAGCUAUGUGA